UUUGGCUGAGAUGUUCUUAAAGCAAUCCAGUAACGCCGACGGGGGUCGACGGCGGCCGCAAUGGCCGCCGAUGUCGAUGCGCCGAUGCGCCGCUUGGCGGAGAUGGCCCCCGGCUUCCUGCACGAGAAGGCGGCGGUGGAGCCUUUCGAUUUCGGCCCUGGGCGCGGCUGGGGCAUGCGCGCGUUGCGGCAGGUGUCCGAGGGGGAGGCCGUGCUGCACCUGGACUCGCGCAUGGCGCUCACCACCGGCCGCGCGCGGGCGCUGCUGGCGGCGUGGGCCGUCGAGGCCGCGGCCGCGGACGGGGUGCCCCCGCGGCCGGCGCCCUUCGCGGCCGUCAGCGAGCUCGUCGUCGGCCAGGUGGUCCGCGUGCUGGAGGACCAGCAAGCGGUGCUGAAUGCUUGCCGUGACUGCGGCAUCGGCGAGGACAACGACGCGGCGAGGUGCGCCGUCCUGGGCCGCUGCGCCCGCGUGCGCGAGCUCGACGCCUCGGACGGCAGCGCGGAGGUGCGCGCGGCGGGCGGCGAGCCCGUCUGGCUCGCCGCCGCCGCGCUGGAGGCCGCGCCGCCCGCGGAGGCCGCAGCGCUCGUUGGGGACGAGGACCCGCAGGCACCCUCGGCGGCGCUGCGAGGCGCCUCCCCGUCGGCCGCGGGCGCGCCGCUGGCGCUGGCGGCCUACGCGGCCGCGGUGCCGGCCGCCUUCGGCUCGCCGCUGUUCUGGACGGAGCAGGAGCUGGACGAGCUCGAGGGCAGCAACUACGCGGCGCGCGCGCGGGGCAUGCGCGCGGAGGCGCUGGCGGCGCACCGCGCGCUGUCGGCGACCUUCGGCCGCGCCCUGGCGGUGGACGCCGAGGCAUUCGCCUGGGGCCUCGGGGCCGUCCGGUCGCGGGUGUUCGGCCUUGACGCGGGGAAGUUCCCGCUGCUUGCUGCCGAAGGCUGCGCGGCCAUGCUGCCGUACGUCGACCUCUGCAACCAUGAUCCCGACAUUCCUCCCCAGCGUUGCCUUGUUCGCGAGAGCUCUGCAGGAGGCACCAUCGAGCUCGUGGCCGCCAGGGACUACGCGGAGGGCGACGAAGUGUUCAUCAGCUACGGCUUCAAGCGCAGCUCCGAGCUGAUGCUUGGCUGGGGCUUCCUGCUUCCGGGUGACGCCAACGACGCCGUGGAGCUGGAGAUGGGCGUCGAGAGGGCAAGGGACCCAUCCGCGACCUGCAGCCGGGCAUGCCGGUACGCGUUGUCCCUCUCGCCCGACUGCGAGCUUCUGGAGACGAGCUGCGACGGCGAGCCGUUGCCCGUGCGCGUGUUGCUCACGGCCUCGCAGCCGGUGCCGCGGCUGCUGCUGGGGCUGUGCCGCCUGGAGAGGCUGCCCGCGGCGGAGGCCGAGCAGCUGGCAGCUCUCGCCGGCGAGCAGGCGCUGGGCGAGUGGUUGCAGAGCGGCGCUGCGCUGGCCGGGAUGCGGUGCCCGGGCGCCUCGUGGGCUCUCCGCGGCGCCGCCCUGCUGGCGGACCUGCUGGCGGCCGCGUCUCUGCGGGCGGUGCUGCUCGCGCUCCUCGGGCGCUACCCGACCUCCCUGGGCGAGGACGAAGCGAUCCUGGAACGAGCCGAGGGCCCCCGCCGCCUGGCAGUGUCGCUGCGCGCCCGGGAGAAGCGCGUGCUCUGGGCGGGGCUGCGGGCGGUGGGCUCCGAGCUGGGCGCGGCGUUCCGCGGCGUGCUGGAGGCGGCGGCGGCGCGGCCGCUGGGGGCAGAGGCACAGUGUGCGGAGGUUCAGGGGGCCGUUGACGCGCAGCGUGCCCGCGUGGAGGAGGUGUUCAGGCAGCUCUGGGGGCCGAGCCUCGGCGAUGAGGAGGUCACUCGCGCCUCGUGGGUGCAGGCGUCCUACUACCUCUUCCUGUGUCUGCACCGUCUUCACGAGCACCCUGAGGCCCAGCAGAUGGCACUGGUGCCAGAGAGGUGGCCAGGUGUGCCGCGCGGGAUGGGCCACGGCACGAGCAUUGCCGCAGCCGUCGAAGGCAACGAGCUGCUGGCCACGUAUUGCGAGAAGAUGCGCAUGUGGGGAACCUACCUCGUCGCACAGUUCCUGGUGACUGGCAGGCUCAGCGUCGAGGACACCAACACCAUGUCGAAGGAGAGCGUCUCGAUCAGGAAGCAGACUGCGUGGAGCGUGCCUACGGCGGAGGCCUUGGACUGCCUCGCCCGCUUCACCCCGCUGCUCGAGCUCGGGGCCGGCUCCGGGCUCUGGGCGCGGCUGCUGCGCGGUCGGGGCGCGGACGUGCAGGCGCGGAGCCUCGGCAGGUGGAGCGGCCGCUUCGGCGGCGCAGCUGGUGGCGCGGGGCCGCCAGAGGAAGGGUGCUCGCUGGAGGCCGCGCCGGCCCUGGGUGUGGUGGCGGAGGGGGGGCCCGAGGCCGCUGCGAGCGGCGGCGAUCGGAACCUGGUGCUGAUGUGGCCGGACUACGGUGGCGGCGGCACUUUCGGCCUGGAGUGCUUGCGGGGCUGGCUCGCCGCGGGGGCCGCCGGGCGCGCGCGGCACUUGCUGUGUGUGGGCGAGUGGGGGCUCUGGCCGUCCGGGGUGCCAGGACUGGCCAACGGGCGUCCCGGCACCUUCGCCCUGGGCACCGGCGCGGGCGGGCACGGGCAGUCGUUUUCGCAGGAGUUCCAGGACCUCGUGGCGGAGCGGUUCGAGCUCGUUGAGGAGGUGCCGCUGCCCAGGUGGCCGCUCUUCGCGGACUCUCUGCGCGUCUUCCGGUUGCGCAGCUCCGGUCCGAACGCGCCAGCUGGUAGCAGUUGAUAGCCCCAGCACCAUUUGGUAGCCCGGGCACGGCAUCUGGUAGCCCGCGCACGGCAGGUGGUAGCGCGAACAUGCCAUCCGGUAGCCCGAGCACUCUUUCUGGUAGCCGUAGGAUCUGAUAUCGAACAGUUGGUGCAAUGUUGCUCCCGUGUGCGAACGUGCUGGCAGACUUGGGAUGGUGGCCAUGACUAGAGGGCCCUUGCUCGGCCGCAGACUGUUGGGCCUCGCGCGUGCGCACCAUGGUUCCCACGUUCCCAGAGACGCAUCUGUUUCGUCGUGCGCGGACGGGGGUA